CCACUGUGUCCAAUCAGCAACGAGUUUUAUGAUGAAACCGUGGGAUUCCGCGAAAAGAAGUUUCUUUCACAUGAGAACAGCAAACAGCGGCACAGAGAGGCACACGGAUGAGGGAAGAAGGGAAUGACAGAACGACAAGUUCCACGCUUUCUGAUGUGGUUGAAAUUAUAUUGGGAAUAGGCACCUGUAUGUCUAUUCGAUAACUUGUGCGUGUAGACGCAAGCGACACGCGCUUUUAUUCUACGCUUAGAACAUUAAUCCUCGCAGUCGCAUUGGGAAAAACACGUGUAGAGGUAAAGCCACGUUUUCCGGAGUCAUCUUCAUCCCGAUACCCAUAUGAUGAGAAUCCCGGGCACUAAGUUUUUCUAUUUGUAGCAGGUGACUUCUCCAUUUCCAGGACACUUUGGGUUACUACAAUGACGGACGUUAAUACUGCAGCUAGGUCCUUGGGGCCGGUCUCAAACGGUGACCGCUCAGACAAACUAGCCGGCGACGAGGGAUCUGAAGAAAGUCAAGAGAGUCGGACUCUGUUAAUGGUCGCUAUGAUUCUACUGGACCUAAAUCAGUGUAUCCCGAGCGGCAUCAGCGGCAAAUGUAUAGUGGACAGCGAUGCGGAUAAUCAGCCCGACGUAAAGGAAAACCGUGAGAAAUGCAGACAGAACACGAGCAGGGUGAAAAGGACACGGAACCGCGACAGUCUAUAUGUAUCCGCUGAGAAGAGACACUGCUGUCCAUAUGCCGGCUGUGGGAAAAUAUACGGCAAAUCGUCCCAUCUUAAGGCGCACUUCAGAGUACACACCGGUGAGAGGCCCUUUCAGUGUACCUGGACAGGCUGCGCAAAGAAAUUCUCACGGUCGGAUGAACUGACGCGACAUUUUCGCACGCACACCGGGGAGAAGCGUUUCAUGUGCCCGCUCUGCGACAAAUGCUUCAUGCGAAGCGAUCACCUCACCAAACACGCCCGCAGACACGUCAACUUCCACCCCAGUAUGCUCCAGGGUCCCGCCGGGCGAAGACGACACUCUUCAACGUCUACUUCCUCCUCUGGCUCCAGCGAUCACAUGUCUGCUGGUGUUUGAGCAACAUGUGACCCUCACUGCACUUUUUGGAUGCGUCUCUUUCUUAAGGCUCAGAUCUUGGAGCCUCUGAUAUUGAACGGAUGAUAUGAGGUAUCCGGUGUGUUACUUAAUGGAGACAUACAAAAUAGCCUUAAAUGGGACUGCUCAAUGGAAUGGACCGAAAUCAUCAGCUGUAGGCACACACAAUGUAAUGCACAGUUAGUCCAAGGGUUAUUUCAAAUAUAUAGGGGUAUUUAUAACUUAUCACAUAUCAUGAAUAUGAGAUUGAGUUCAAUACAGAGCCAGGGGAUUUAUUACACACCGACUGUGACAAAGGGAAGUAAAAAUAUAUAGUGUGCGGUGAAGCCUAGACCCAUUUUAAUGAUCGCUUUAAAGUGUCCAAAUUUGCAGUGGUCCAGUUAGCAGAAGUGGAUAGGUUUUAAUAUAAUCGCUAUGAAUGUUUUCGGUUAUUGUGUGUUAUUUACAGGGAUAGCAGUUGACUAAAGUGUUGAAGAUGGUAUUUGUAUGAUAUUAAAACAGAUGAUUACUUAUGAGAUUAA